AUGUUAAUAUUGAUGACAAUACCAAUUUUAACUUCUUACACGAUUUCAAUAUUAUAUAAUAAAUUCAAUAUUCAUAAUGGAUUAAAUAAGAAAGCAGAUAAGGAAUGGGUUAAUACUGAGUUAAAGAAGAAAGCAGAUAAGGAAUGGGUUAAUACUGAGUUAAAGAAGAAAGCAGAUAAGGAAUGGGUUAAUACUGAGUUAAAGAAGAAAGCAGAUAAGGAAUGGGUUAAUACUGAGUUAAAUACAAUGUUUGAAAUGAUUUACCCCAUUGGUUCAAUAUAUACAUCAAUGAAUUCAACAAAUCCAUCAACAUUAUUUGGAUUUGGUACAUGGCAGCAGAUAACCGAUCGUUUUUUAUAUUGUACAAACUCAUCAAAACAAACCGGUGGAAGUAAAACAAUUACGGGUGAAAAUUUACCUGCUCACAGUCAUUACGUUAAUUUAAACACAACCGAAGCAGGAUGGCAUAAGCAUAGAUAUUGGGAUUGGUCAGGAAUGACAAAAGGUAAAGGAUAUGAUGUUAAAGAUGACGUUAAAUUUGCUAUUAAUUGUUACUGGAACGAUACACAGGGUUCAGGUAAUCAUACACAUAAUGUUUCAGGAUAUACACAAACGACGGGACAGAGUAAAGAUUACAUGCCGCCUUAUAUGACAGUUUAUGCAUGGUUUCGGACGGAUUGA